AUGUCUGGCGAGAGUGUCUUCAACCUUAUUGAGCCUGAGGUGGAGGUACCCCCGCCCCCGCCACGGCACUAUUCCAAGUACAGCGGAAACCGGGCCGCUCCACCGACAGCGUCGACGUUUGGCAUUCACGGAACGAGUGCCGUCGUGGCAAACAUGGGUGGCGAGGUCACGGAGCCCUCCAUUCAUCCCGCAAAGAAACCUACAGGCAUCUUUGGGCGGGUUACCGGCCCCAUGGUCAAGCCUUCAGAGUUCCUAAAGAAGAAUGAGGGACCAUUAACCGCCAGUCGAGGAGCACCGACUGUCAACAAGACAAAAUUUCUCAAGAGUGCAAAAGAUGCUGCAAAGUCAAAGGAUAAUAUUCCGAGUAGGUACGACAAACCCGUCAUGGGUCUGAAAACCGAAAAAAAUUACGUGGUGGCAAAUGCGGUGGAGAGUGCUCUCGCCAUACCGAGCAAAUGCAUUCCUCCCCCAGAGAAUCGUGCCGUCGACCGCGUCGAUUUUGGGAAAGUCCCGGUCUAUUUGGAGGAAGUCAAGGAAGAAAUUAAAGAGCGCCAUGCCCUGGUAGAGAGACUUAAGGCUGCUCAGCGUGAGGCUGAAGAAAGAUGGUCUGAACUUUCGGCAGAGGAACUUGAAGGGCUGCGACAAGGACUGCAGCGACGGUGGGACGCACUGAAUUCGGAGUACCAAUCAAGGGGAUUCAGCAAAAUUCAAACUCCCUUGCAAAAGGCCCAUCACGAGGCUCUAGGGAAGGAACUCAAUGCCGUGGAGUUUGCAAUGCACAAACUGAGUCGUUCACAUGUUUUUGUAUACGAUGAUCAGCGUUGA